AGUUGUUUCUACUCUCCAGUGAGUGUCAGCUAGUUAUUUGUGGGGAGGCGCUGUAGCCAUUUCGCCACAUGAAAGCAGCCCGAUGAGCUGAACCGACCAACAUCCUCGAGUUUGCUCGUGGAGAGGAAGAAGAGAGAAAUCAGCUUUUGGAGGAGCUCUGCGCGCAACACAAGACACGUACACUUCCUCCUCCUCCACCGUGGAAAAGAGAAAAAAGAGAGAGAGACAGAGAGGAAACGCAAACUUCCAACUCUCCCAUGUGGAAAGCAGAGGUUUGAGGAUAAGGUCUGUCUCUCUUUCUCUCUCUUUCAGUGCUUUGGAUAGUUGUGUUUCUAUGAGAGUCCUGCUGCUCGGCGAGAAGAGAAGAAGUUUGGUUGUUUGCCUGCUCGGCUGAGGAGGAGGUAGGAGGAGGAGGAGAAGAGAGAAGAAGAGUUUAAAGUGUGUUGAAGAUGGUCCGCACCGCCGCCUGCAGAAGGAGCUUUCUGUGCGUCCUGGCGCUCAGUCUCAGCUUGGCGUCUCCACCGUGCGACGCUCGGAUUUACACCAACCACUGGGCGGUCAGGAUAGCCGGGGGAGCCGAGGUGGCCGAGCGGAUAGCGGAUAAAUACGGCUACAGGAACAUGGGACAGAUUGGGGAUCUCAAAGACCACUAUCACUUCUUCCAUAGCCGGACCAUCAAGAGGUCGACUUUGUCCAGCCGCGGUCGACAUAGUUUCAUCUCCAUGGAGCCAAAGGUGGAGUGGAUACAGCAGCAGGUGGUGAAGAGGAGGAUCAAGAGGGAUUACAAGCCAGCCCCGCCCCUUUCUCUGACUAGCCCCGCCCACAGCAGCCCGGCCCAGAACAACAUAUUCUAUAAUGACGCCAAGUGGAGCAGUAUGUGGUACAUUCACUGUAACGACGACGUCCAUAACUGCCAGUCGGACAUGAACAUCAUGGGGGCAUGGAAGAGGGGCUACACGGGGAAAGACGUGGUGGUGACCAUACUAGAUGACGGCAUUGAGAGGAACCACCCAGACCUCUUUCAGAACUACGACCCUCAAGCCAGCUUUGAUGUCAACGGCAACGAUAUGGAUCCCAUGCCUCGAUAUGACGCAACCAACGAGAACAAACACGGGACACGGUGUGCGGGCGAAGUUGCUGCAGCCGCAAACAACUCCCACUGCAUUGUGGGAAUUGCCUACAAUGCCAGAAUAGGAGGUGUGCGAAUGCUGGAUGGCGAUGUAACUGAUAUGGUGGAGGCCAAGUCUCUGAGCCUCCAGCCGCAGCACAUCGACAUCUACAGCGCCAGCUGGGGACCUGAUGAUGAUGGAAAGACCGUGGAUGGACCAGCGUCUCUGGCCAGGCAGGCAUUCGAGAAUGGCAUCCGCAUGGGGAGGAAGGGCCGUGGCUCCAUCUUCGUGUGGGCUUCAGGCAACGGCGGGCGCAGCAGAGACCAUUGCUCCUGCGACGGCUACACCAACUCCAUCUACACCAUCUCCAUCUCCAGCACAGCUGAGAGCGGACGCAAGCCGUGGUACCUGGAGGAAUGCUCGUCCACACUGACCACCACAUACAGCAGCGGGGAGAACUACGACCGAAAGAUUAUCACAACAGACCUGAGACAUCGAUGUACAGACAGUCACACGGGGACAUCGGCCUCGGCUCCCAUGGCUGCUGCCAUUAUUGCUCUGGCCCUGGAGGCAAAUCCUCUUCUAUCAUGGAGAGAUAUUCAGCACAUAAUCGUAAAGACCUCGAGAGCCGGACAUCUCAGCGCCCCUGACUGGAAGACCAAUGCUGCUGGUUACAAUGUCAGCCACCUGUACGGCUUUGGUCUGAUGGACGCUGAGGCGAUGGUGAAGGAGGCGGAGCGAUGGAAGCAAGUCCCAACUCAGCACGUCUGUGUGGAGAGCGCAGACCGACAAAUAAGAACUAUCCGUCCAGAGCAUGUGGUUCGGUCGGUGUACAAGGCAACAGGAUGCACUGACAACCCCAACCACCAUGUGAUCUACCUGGAGCACGUGGUCGUACGUAUAACAAUCACACACCCUCGACGGGGGGACCUGUCAAUCAAUCUGACCUCACCCUCAGGGACCAAGUCUCAGCUGCUUGCCAACAGGUUGUUUGAUCACUCCAUGGAGGGUUUUAAGAACUGGGAGUUUAUGACCACCCACUGCUGGGGAGAGAAGGCAGCAGGCGACUGGGUCCUAGAGAUCUAUGACUCACCUUCUCAACUCCGCAGCCAGAAAGUACCCGGCAAGCUGAAGGAGUGGUCACUGGUGCUGUACGGCACCUCUGUGCACCCGUACUCGUCUCUGCGCAGCGAUAAGCCCCGCUCCACAGACAUGCUGACGCCCACCGAUGAGGAGUUCACAGAGGAGUACAACGGCCCCUGUGACUCUGAAUGCAAUGAGAACGGCUGUGAAGGUCCUGGACCCCAUCACUGCAUCAACUGCCUCCACUACUUCCUCAAGUUCAAGAACAACACCAGGAUGUGUGUGUCGGAGUGCCCCAGUGGCUUUUUCCGCGAUGACAGGAAGCGCUGCAAGAAGUGCUCCUCGUUGUGCGAGACCUGCGUCGGUAGCCGUAGCGACCAGUGCACCACAUGCAGGACUGGUUUCCACCUCAACGAGGGCUCCAACACGUGUGUCGCCAACUGUGGCGACGGCUUCUACCUCGACAACGAUUCCAACAUUUGCAGGAGAUGUCCAGAGAACUGCAAGAAGUGCACCACCUCCAAUAUCUGCACAGAAUGUAAACCUGGGAUGAGUCUUCAAGGAAACAAGUGUCAAAUGACCUGUGACCCCGGGACUUAUUAUAAUGGCCACAGAAGGACUUGUGAGCCCUGUCAUCGAGCAUGUGCCACCUGCGCAGGCACAGGUAUAGAGGCGUGCACAAAGUGUGCAGACGGCUACUUACUGGAGGACUGGCGGUGUGUGUCAACAUGCAGCACUGGCUACUACCUGUCAGAGCAGACGUCAGACAACGGGCAGGUUCAGAGGUCCUGCAAGAAGUGUGACCAUAGCUGCUACGAGUGCUUGGGGCCCGGUGAAAGGAACUGCAGCAGCUGCGUCAGUGGUUACAAUCUGGAGGCAGGAGCCUGUGUGGUCAGCACCAUCUGCAAAGAUGGAGAGUACAUGAGUCGACAUGGACAGUGCCACCUGUGUGAUGUUACCUGUCUGCAGUGCACGGGUCCAGAGAGAGAGGACUGCACCAGCUGCUCCACAACACGGCUCUUUGAUGAUGGACGCUGCGACAUCCGCUGCCAGACGGGGCGUUAUGCCAUGGGGAGGCAGUGUCAUCUCUGUCACCACACCUGCCACGAGUGUACCGAUGAGGGACCGGACAACUGCACCAGCUGUGACAGAGAUAAGUUUGGGGGGUCUAGGUACCUCUAUCAGAGUCAGUGUCGGGACGUCUGUCCAGGGGAGUUCUUCCACUCUUCAAGGAGACGGUGUGAACGCUGUCCUUCAGACUGCAUCAUCUGUUCAUCAGCAGUCCACUGCCUCCACUGCAGCCCAGGACACAAGCUCAGAAACGGCCAUUGCGACCCGUUGGAGUGCAGUGCAGGUGAGAUUGCAGAUUCAGAGAAAGAAGACUGUGUCUCCUGUGACGAGGGCUGCAAACAAUGUGAACGCAAGGAUUCAGGAGGUCAGGAGCAGGAAACGGUUUGCCUCAAAUGUGAAGAUGGUUACUACCAGUUAGGCUCAGACUGUCAUCAGUCGUGUCCAGAUCGGACCUACAGUGCGAACGACACCAUGGUGUGUGCUCCGUGUGAAGACAAACAAUGUGUAGUCUGUGACCCGUCCCAGUGCUACUGGUGUGAAGAGGGAUUCUACGGCUUUGAUGACAAGUGUGUGGAUCACUGUCAGGAAGGUUUCUUUGUGGAUGAGGAGAGCCGGGACUGUGAGCCAUGUCACCGCGACUGUCGUACCUGCGGAGGGCCAAGAUAUGACGACUGUGACCUCUGCGAGGAAGGAUUUACGCUGAAGAACGGGGAGUGUUUAAAGGGCAGACAGCUCUGCUCUGAGACACACUUCACAAACAGUCAGGAUGAAUGUGAGCUUUGCCACUCCUCCUGUAAGACUUGCUCUGCUGCAGGGAAGGAUGACUGCAACAGCUGCUAUGCUGAUCAUUUCUUGACGGCCCGACAGACCUGCACACACCUUUGUCCAUCUGGUUCAUUUGCCAACAAGGCUUCCAGCCAGUGUGAAGACUGCUCCAAAGGGUGUAACACGUGCCAGGACGCCCAGUGGUGCCAGCGCUGUCGCAGUGGGCUUUACCUCCACAAUGGAGUGUGUGUGGUGGAGUGUCAGAGAGGAUUUCCUGAAGAAGGUUUGUGCCAUCCGUGUGCCCCGGAGUGUGCAUCCUGCCAGGGGAAUUCCUCUCACUGUCUGAGCUGUGAGAAACAGUACCUACUGCUGGACCACUCCUGCAGGUCUCACUGUCCAGCGGGCUACUACGCCACCGGGACAGAAUGCCGUCGCUGUCCAGCUCAGUGUAGAGAGUGCAAUGAAGACGGCCUGUGUAAGAAGUGUGCCCAGUACUACUUCCUCCAUCAGGAUAAGUGUGUGGACGAUUGUCCCGUUGGCUACUUUGCCAGCGAGAAGCAACAGGAGUGUGUUCGUUGCCAUGCUGAUUGUGCCUCCUGUGACGGACCGGGCUUCGAUGACUGUGAUGUGUGUCGCAACCGGAAAGCUGUCCGUUACAACGGAGAGUGUCUGGCCAAAUGUCCCAACAACACUUACUAUGAUGCGACUACCAAUGAAUGCAGAGACUGUGACAGGUCAUGUCUGACCUGCUCGGGCCAUGAGCCCUCAUCCUGCCUCAGCUGCGAUACCAACAGGCGUAAAGAUGCCAGCGGACACUGUGUGUGGUUCAGUGAGUGCUUACUGAGCUCAUACAUGGACCAUAAUGGGGAGUGCCAACAGUGUCACAAACUCUGUCAUCGCUGUUCUGGGCCAGGCGAAGACCACUGCCUCAGCUGCAACACGCCACACUUCCUACUGAACAACACAUGUAUGCAGGAGUGUCCUGUGGGUUACUAUGCAGAGGGCAAGGACGAACGCGUGUGCGAGCGCUGUCACUUCAGCUGUAAGUCAUGUAUCGGUCGUCACAGCGUGCAGUGCGUCGACUGUAAAUCUGGAUUUUUCAAGCAGGGAAGCAGCUGCGUCGAAACCUGUUCAGAGAGUCACUUUGGCAACACCACCACCAUGUUUUGCGAGCGAUGUGACCCCUCUUGUAACCAGUGUUGGGGUCGUGGUAACAGAAACUGUCUGAACUGUCGGGAGGGUUACGUCUACCUGAGGCAGUGGGGAAAGUGCCUGCAGAGCUGCCCUCCAAGCUACUACCAAAACAGCCGGUCCAAGACCUGUCACAAGUGUCACCCCACCUGCAAGACCUGCAGCGAUGAGGGCGCUCUGGCCUGUCAGUCCUGUUAUGAAGGCUACACGUUUAUGGGAGGCAUCUGUGUGUCCCAGUGCCUCGUAGGCUUCUACGCUGCUUCACAGGGCUCUGAGUCCGAACACGAUGAGCCAAACUGUAAGGCAUGUGACGUGUCCUGCCUGGACUGCCGAGGUCCCAGUGUGUGGAACUGCACAGUGUGCCCCGUAUUCGAGAUCCUGUCUGAUGAUGGCCGCUGCUUGUCCUGCUGUGGAAAUGAGACACGCCACGAUGGUAAACAAAUACCCAGGGAAUGCUGUGACUGCAAAGUCUCACGAGAGGAGUGCAUCCAGGGUGUCAACUUUGUGAUGAAGGAAGCCGAGGAAUUAGAGGCAGAGGCUCAUGGCAGAACCGCCAAACUCUUUGUCACUGCCUGUGUUCUACUUAUCCUCGCUGUGGGCGGAGGAAUCUUCCUCUUCCUCAAUGCUCGAUCGAGAUCACUCGCCAUCGCACCCAAAACCAAAGCUGGAGGCUACAAGAAACUGGACACCAAUGGAGUCAUUGCCUCACAACCCACCACCUCUGCAUUUGGGGAGUACAGCGACCGAAUCGUUGAAUGUGAGGAUGAUGAGGAAGACGAGGACAUUGUGUACAUGGGACAAGAUGGGACAGUGUAUCGGAAGUUCAAGUACGGACUCUUGGAUGAAGAUGAAGAUGAGAUUGAGCUAGAGUACGAUGAUGAGAGCUACUCGUACAGAUGAAAAAGCACAAAUGACCUGACUGGAGAAAAGUAGACGUUCCUUCUUUGAAGUCUAAACAUGUUGUGAAAAUAGUUUCUCACCAUUCCUCAGAUACAUGUCUGUUUAAUUCUGUUUAGAAAAGUUGGAUCUCUUCAGAUCAUCUUAGCACAAUCAGCAGGUGAAGGAGGAUGACGAGCGCACAGCAAUGUUUUUUAAUGACAUCUCAUUUCAGAGACAUUUACCAGCCAGUUACCAAUUAAUAUGAUAAUAUUUCGGAUGAACUGAAAUUCAUUGUGACCGUCAUCUGAGACGUCUGACAGAUACGGCUGCUGGGUCAAAUUGGAUGUUGACUUACUAGUGGUCUGUCCUCAACAUCAAUAAUUUUGGUUUACUGUUGGAUUAUGGAUAUUACCUAUUCCUAUGAUUGGGAAGAAGAGUUUGAUUUCUUUUUUGAGUCACAAACCUCAGGGGAAAUUGUGAAUGUACUGACAAUCAUAUUCAUAGUUCAUGUGUGUGUGUUUACAUUUUCUAGAAUAAAUAAUUCCAUUUGAAGAAAAUAUUCUAUGUUUACUAGGGCUGUGUAUUUGCAAGAAUCUGGUGAUACGAAAUGUAUCAUGAUAGAGUUUACGAUUCAAUAUAUUGCGAUGCUGUAAGCAAGGCGAUUAUAUUGCGAUUUUAUUUUUUUAUUUUUUAUCUAAUUUUAGGAAAACUGUCAUGUAUAAAGAACACACCACCAUAUGUAUAAAAUCUCAGUAAAAAAGGUCAUUUUUUAUCCAAUCAAAACAGUGGGAUCUGCAUUUAUCACAGUCCCUGUAACAUCCAACAUCAUAGCACUACUUUGAGACAGCACAUACACUGAGAUUGCGCAUAUUUUGCAAAUUAAAUAAAGUACUGACUAAGUUAAUCUUUGCAUAUAAACUAUUAAUUAAAAAUGUAUAGUUUUUGAGAAUUGAUUAAGUAUCACAAAACAUAUGAUUUUUGUUACCCCUAUUGUUUACAACAUGAAAUGAUGUAGUAGUUAUUGUCCAUUGAUAUUGCUUAGAGAAAAGACAAUCUUACACAAUAAUACAUUAAUUAAUUAAAAUUUUUAGAGUUCGAUUUUAUCAGCAAAACAGUUUUUUCUGUGACAAAACACUUUAUAAAACACAGUGACACAUCACGACUACAUUUCAGGACAUUUAAUUGCAAAUUUUAGUCUGUUUAACAACCCAGUUUACUCCACAUUUGGACCAAAUGCUGAUGUGCUUCAUCUGUUUCUAUAUCAUGUGUUUAAUUUGUAUAAUAUGUUUCUGUUGUAACAUUCCUGUCAGUACUUUCUGUGUUACACUGUCUUUGUUUAAUUUGUAAACUGGACUUUGUAUCACACUGCUGGAGUCACGUCCAAAUUCGAAGCAAACUUUGCAAUGAAGUACAAUCUGAUGUGUAACCCUGUGUGGUACUGUUUGGAUCUGUUCAGGUUAGUUUACACAGAGAGGAACAUCUUUUCUCAGUGGUUGCAUCUUGUUUAGGCCACAGUGAAAUGCUGGCACCUGCAUGUGUGCAGAUUACUGUUCAAAAUAUUGUAGAAAGGUGCAGGAGAAGUGAUUUUGUGGGAAGAUUUUCUUUCUAGCUCUGUUUUGACUUCAGGGUUGUUAAUCUGUUUCCCUGAGACAAUAACAGGUCUGCGUCCCACGCACUGGAAAGUGUGAAAAGUAAAUAAUUAGGAUCUUUCUGUACUUGGUUUAGGUGAAAUAUGCUGUGUGAAUCAUUUAUUCAUAAUAAAGUUGGAUGUUGUGAGUGUG